UCGUUUUUCUUUGUAACAUUUAUUCAUCCUGCGAAGAGCAUCGAUUGUACCAAAUUUAAUAUUAUUUAGGCAAAUAGUUUUUAAAUAAAUCGCUUUCAAAGUUUGGUUUUUUUCAAUUUUGCAUUAUACAAAUCUUGAAAACAAGAUAAGAUAUGUCAAUGAAAUUUGGUAUAACUGAAGUAUGUUAAGUAAUCUAUUGAAGGGAUUAAAUGAAAUUACUCAUAAAUUGUUACGAAAAAAGUGUGCAGGCAUGUAAAUAAGUCAUUUUUCAUUAGACUAUAUAAACGUCAUGGUAAUACUUAUAAGAAAAUGAGAACAUGCGCGAAAUGCGUUUGGAUUUCAUUUUAUUAUUCAUGUUUCACAAUGCUGGAUUGUAAUAAAAUUGCAGCAGAUUUGUAGGAUGCAAGCAGUGCAUGUAUUUUUUGCUCCUGGCAUUCUGAGAAUAUAUCGGAUGCAGCCCGCAGCACUGGAGGCGCCGCGGUGUCUGGUGUUAUCGCGUCUGGAGCCAGCGCAGCUCGGCACGGCCUGGUCUCGUGGCGCGCGCUGUUGCCGCGCUGCCAGCAGGCAGCAGGUAUACGAGCUCAGCCCGUAGCUCCACUCGUGCGGCUAGCAUCGCUCAGUGUGCAACACAAACUAGUGGUUUUUUUCCGCGUUUGAGUAGAUUUUAUUUUAUUUUGUUUCCAAAUGGCCCUACAAAAAUUUGUGGUUGGGCGGCCUUAUAAGAAAACAAAAAACAACAAGAAAGCGAGGAUUAAAAAGAAAUUUCACGCAGAGCGAAAAUUAAAAAAUUAUAUUUCACAACAAUGUGAAGGUUCCGAUUCAAAAUUGUGCGCACCUACCGCAUCUACUUCCGAAUGCGUGCAAUUAACUGUUUCUACAGCAUCUAAUUCCGGUGAAUGUUAAAUGUACCAAGAAUGUGCCGAUGAGCGGGGAUGAUGAGCCACGAAAGAAAAAGACGUUGGACGUUUACAGAACAUGAAACACAUGUUGACAUUCCAGCUAAGUCAAAUACAAAAGCUAGUAAUUCAAUAAAUUAUAAUGAUUCAGCAAAUGAUAGUGAUUCAUUAAAUGAUUCUGAUUCAAGAGGAAACCCACAUGAUGUCUCCAAAUCCAUGAAACCAUUGGCAUCUGUAAAAAAAUAUAUCAAAACAUCAGCAUGCUCGGGAGGUGAGAUCAUCACAGUGGAGCUUGGGGACUUGGUGUGGGGUAAAAUCACAUCUCAUCCUUGGUGGCCUGGCUUGGUUAUAAGCCACAUUGAAUGCUGCCAAAAAGUUCCAAAAGAAGGACAUUUGUGGGUAUUCUGGCUAGGACACAACACAGUUUCUGAAGUAUCACUGAAAAAUAUGAUUUAUUUUUAUGACUGUGACCAAUCAUUCUUUGAAAAAGUUCCUCAAAAAAGACGAUUCUUCAAGGAAGGUUUGGUAGCUGCUAUAAAGUUGGCAGCUGAACGGACAGGAGAGAAUUUGGACACUACACUUACCAGCCAAGUUUUACAAUAUGCGUUUCACAAAUGCCAAGAAGAUGGACACCCGAAACAAAUUUCAGGUAGCAUACCAACAUUUGUGAGAGAUGUACUGUCAAGCAUCCAAAUGAGAAACAAGGAGCAACAGGAGGAGGAGGAUGAUAGUUGCUCAGUUACAGUUUAUGAAGAUGAUGAAGUGCUUCCACAAUUAGAAGAGAUCACAUCAGUGAAAGACAUAUGCCUUGUUUGUAGAAAACAUGACUCAACUUUAAAAUACAGACACCCAUUGUAUGAAGGAAAAGUAUGCUGUCCAUGCAAGGAGAGAAUAAAAAUGAAGAUUUUUGCUACUGAUAAUAACAACAAAUUCUACUGUUCAGUUUGCACUCGGAAAGGAAUGCUCGACUGCAUGUCCUGUCCAAGGACAUUCUGUGAGGCUUGUAAAAUUACAUUUCUUAACAAGUGUGACAAUUUCAAUCAAUGGAAAUGUUUGCUGUGUGAACCAGCUACCAACUAUAAAAAUCUUCUUGAAGUAAGACACAAUUUUAUUCAGGAGGUAACCAACCUUUUCACAGAAGACUCCAGUGGACUGGAUCCUGAUGAACUACAAAAGAUUAGACGCCCCAUUGUCGUUUUGUCACUUUUUGAUGGAAUUAGUACAGGUCUGGUUGUACUGCAAAAGCUAGGUGUGUGUGUGAAGGCAUACUAUGCUUGUGAAGUUGAUGAAAAUGCUACCACUGUUUCUAAGGCAAGAUUUGGAAGCCAAGUAACCCAUUUAGGAGAUGUGAAAAACCUAAAUACACUUUCUUUGAAGAAACUAGGUGCUAUCGAUAUGCUUAUAGGUGGCAGCCCUUGCAAUGACCUGAGCUUGGUGAAUCCAGCCCGUAGAGGUUUCGAUGACAUUGAAAGUUCAGCUCUGCUUUUUUACGAGUAUUAUAGAAUCUUGCAACAAGUUGUAAAGAGUGAAAACUUCUUCUGGCUGUAUGAGAACACAGCAAAUAUGCCAGCCAUGUUUGAAGAGACAAUUAACAGAUUCCUUCAAAGUAAGCCAAAGAAAAUAGAUGCUAGAUUUUUCUCUGCCCACAACCGUGCAAGAUUCUUCUGGGGAAACAUCCCAGCAAUGGGAGAAACCAAAGUGCCAGCAUCAAGUCCUAACCUUGAUGAAGUUGUGAACAAGACGUUUGGCAGAAAGGCCCAAGUAAGGAAGAUGAGGACCAUUACUACCAAUGCUAAUACCUUGUUGGGACAAGGACCUGCUAAUGUUCUGCCUGUCAUAGUAGAUGGCAAAGAGGACACGUUGUGGAUAACGGAAGUCGAAGAAGUAUUUGGAUUCCCGCGACAUUUUACUGAUGUCGGAACUCUCAGCAGGAAGCAGAGGCUUGAUUUGCUAGGAAGAGCUUGGAGUGUCCAAGUGGUAGAAUACAUUCUGAGACCACUAACACUGUUUUUUGCAACAUCGAAUAAUAACAAGGAAGAUUGUGAUACACUAAAACUCGCCUAAGUGUGAGGUUUCUUGUGUGAUUCAUUUAUAAAAGGCAAAGUAUAUUCAUAUUGCUGGAAUAAUGCAAUUGUGGAAAUACUUUUACAUUACUUGGUAAAGAGCACACAACCUUUUAAAUUUGUAUUAAGUGUUUAUUUUUAUCAAAAAUAUUCUUUACUUAAACUUUUAAAUUCUUUUUUGAUAUGUAUAUUUUUUUACGUUCAAUUUAUUCGUGGAAAUAUGUGGAGUUUUAAAAUUUCUUUUCUUUCUCAUUUAUGUUUAUGUUAAAUUUUGAGAAUUUAUUUUAUUCGCUAUUUUGUAAAAAUAGUUUCACCAAACAAAUAUGCUAUUUUUUAAAUUUUUCAUUGGUUUUCACAUUGAACCUAUUUCUAACACAUUUCAAUGAUUCUUUUGGAAAAAAAACAGCAUAAUGUAUACAGAAUCAAAAAUAAGUUUUUUUUAUACAUGCUUAAUAUGCAGCUCUAAUUAUAAAAUGUUUAAAAUUAUCAAGUGAUGUAAUAUUAGUGUUAUACUUUAAUCAUUGUUAUAUUUUACAACAAAAAUAUUAUAUAAGAUAUACACAGAUAAGUGAAAAUUUGUAUUCCUUGUUUAUUUUCAAUGUUUAGAUAUUAUUAAAGGAAUUUCAAAAUAUUGUUAAGCAAUAUUUGUUUUACUAAUAGUAUUUGUGUUACUAUAUUUGUUAGAGGUUUAUGUUAUCUUUAUUUACAAGAUAUUUGAUGUCUUACUUGAGAUAAGCAAAAUAUGUUUAAUUUUUAUGGAUGUACGGCACAGUCUUCUGUCAUUUAUUUUAUGGUGUUAUAAAGACCUGGGUUGCUGCUGAUGACAAUAGCCUUACAUGGCAGAUAUUUGUAGAUUUAACCUGUUGCCAAAAUCAGCAACACAGUAACUGUUUGCACAAGUCAUGCCAUGCAGCUGUUCACUUGCACUCCACACUUAUAACUUUGGAGAUACAUAUGUAUCCUAAGAAGAAAAUAUUGUUGUACUGUAUUUUACCACUAUACAUGCUAAGUAGACACAUUUGUUUUUGCAAAAAUGUUAUAUACCAUGAUGCUCCUCUAAGCACUGUAGCUUAUUUUGCCACUUUAAUUUGGUAGACUUUCAUGUAACACAAAUGAAUUAUUUUCAGACAAAUCACAGGUGUUAGUACAAAAAUCUCAUUCUUAUUGUCCCAGUCUGAUGUGCUUUACUCACUGGAUGUAGCGAAUAAAGAAAAAAUUAAUGUAAUCAUUAAUUGGUAGAUUUUAUGUUUAACAAAAAGUUAACUUUUUCUGCAAAAUUAAGCUGUUUCUAGUAAAAACAAAAUCAUCAUUAAAUUUUGAGGAGAGGGUUUUUAAAGAAACACAAUACUUUUUAUCUUUAACAUUAUAUAGUUGUUAACAGAUUAAAGACAUAAUAUUUUUUAUUUUCAAUUAGAAAAAAAUGUAAUUUACUUAUUUUAUUUACAAAAUAUUAAGCUAUUAGAUGUAUCAUUGUAAUUAGUACAAUGAUUCAUACUGUUGGUAUUGUGCAUAAUGAUGCAGUGCCAUGUAGUGUCAAAAGUUGUUCUGUUAAUAAUGUAGUGUGUACAUUCUUGUAUACAAACAUCAGUAUUGAUUACUUGCUAAUUUGUGACAACAGCAUAGACACACAAAAUGAACACACUGUCUUUGACUAAGUAAACUACCUCACCAUCUGUUAUGUAAUUUCUGAAUUUAUAAUGUGGUACAACUCAAGAAUCAGCAAUGGAAGUUUGUUGUUCAUAUAUCACUGUUAUAUUUUGGUAAAAAUUUUUUAAACAUGAUUUUAAUUUUCUAUAACAAUGAGAUUCAAAUAAGAUAACACUUCUGUUUGUACAGAUAUUAAUAUAACCUAAAAAUAUUGUGAUAAAUAUUUAGUUUUUCUCUACUGUAACUUUUAUGAAUAUCUUACUUUACCACUGAGAAUUUUUAAUAAUUAAUGUUUAUUGUAAUCAUUUAAAUAUUUUUCAUAGUUUCAUCUUGUUGAAACAUUUAUCACAAAAUAUUCUAAAAUUAGUUUUAAGUAGUGAUUUUAUGUUGUUUUAUUAUGUGUUCUUUGUAUUUCAGUAUUUUAUACUAUUGUGUUGGUUUUCCAGCACACUUUUUAAAUGAUGAAACUAAUUAUGUAAGCAUUCAAAGAAUUAUGUAAACAACCUAAUGUUCCUAUUA